CGGAAGUGUCUCCGGGUCGCUUCCGGAGGCCGGGCCUCCCUGCAGCUCUUUGCUCUGCACCGCUCGCCAGGCACUUGCAGCUGGGAGCUUUCCUCUGGGCUGGCUGAUCAAAGAGCAGGAAGCAGCGAUGUCUGCUGUGGGUUCUGCAGCUCCAUACCUGCAUCACCCUGCUGACAGUCACAGUGGCCGGGUGAGUUUCCUGGGGACCCAGCUGCCCCCAGAGGUGGCAUCCAUGCUGCGGCUCCUGGGGGACCUGGACAAGGGCACGUUCAGAAGAUUGUUGAAGCUGGUGGUCAGCAGCCUGCAGGGAGAAGACUGCCGCGAGGCUGUGCAACGCCUCGGGGCUGGUGCAGACCUGCCUGAGGAGCGGCUGGGUGCCCUGAUUGCUGGCAUACACACCCUGCUCCAGCAGGCCCUCCGGCUGCCCCCGGCCAGCCUGAAACCUGAUGCCUUCAAGAACCAGCUCCAGGAGCUCUGCAUCCCCCAGGACCUGGUUGUGGAUUUGGCCAGUGUGGUGUUUGGGAGCCAGCGGCCUCUCCUUGACUCUGUGGCCAGGCAGCAGGGAGCCUGGCUGCCCCACGUUGUCGACUUUAGGUGGAGAGUGGACGUGGCCAUCUCCACCAGCGCCCUGACCCGCUCCUUGCAGCCGAGCGUCCUGAUGCAGCUGAAGCUUUCGGAUGGAUCCGCACACCUCUUCGAGGUCCCCACGGCCAAGUUCCAGGAGCUGAGGUUCGCUGUGGCCCUGGUCCUGAAAGAGAUGGCCGACCUGGAGAAGAGAUGCGAGCGCAAACUGCAGGACUAACCCUCCCCCGCCAGUCCCCUUCUGGUCACCCGGGGACAGCUGGCUCAGACACUGUCUCCAGAACGAAGCCCGGCCCCCACCCUCAGGAGGCCCUCCAGUGAGAGCGUUUGGGUGAAACCGCAUCAUUCUCUAAAUGGAGGACAGCCGGGUCUUUCUUUUUUUUGGAAGUAAAGCGACUAUGAAAACCA